AUGCACAUCGCCGUUGAUGCGCGCCCUUUACAAACUGCGUGUGGGGGAAAAGGUCGGUCGUUCGAGGCCCGUUUGGUGGAGGUGGGGUCCAAGACCGUCGUGACGGGGAAGGACUUCGAUCCGGACACGGGGGAGAUCAAGGACACGCUCGACGCCUCCAAGCUCGAACUUCUCGGUUCGGAGAAAGCGUCCGCCGUGGCGGCGUCGCUGUCGUCCCUCGAGGUGCUCAAGGUCGACAAGAGACGGGUCAGGCGGCAGCCUCCUGCGCCCUUCAUCACGUCCACGCUGCAGCAGGAGUCGAGCCGAAAGCUCCGGCUGGGAGUGGAUCAGACCAUGAGGGCGGCGCAGGCCCUGUACGAGGCGGGGUACAUCACCUACAUGCGCACGGACAGGCCCAGCCUGAGCAAGGAAGCCGCCAGGGUGGCUGAGGGUGCGGUGAGAGACUCCUUCGGCGGCGAGUACGUGCGGAAGGGGGACGCUAAGGUUGUCAAGGUCAAGGGCAGCCAGGAGGCGCACGAGGCCAUCCGCCCUGCCCUUGUCGGGGCAACCCCCGCCGCGACCGAUACUCACGACGGAAAGCAAGCGGGCGAGGAGGAGGAGGAGGAAGCGGGGUCAGGGGCUGGGUCAGCCUCGACUACUACGACUGGGGGGAGGUUCUUGCAUCCCACGGAGCUCCCCGUAGAGGAAGACGGCGGCGGCGGCGGCGGCCGCGGCUUGGAGGAGCAGCACAGGGCGCUGUACGACCUGGUGUACCGGCGGACGCUGGCCAGCGCCAUGGCGGAGUCGGAGGCCGACUUCACGACGGUUUCGCUGGGAGCGGGAGGCGUUUCUCUGGGGGACGGCGAGGAAGUUGUGGACGUGGUGCUGAAGGCGUCGGGCAAGACGACGGUUUUCGAUGGGUUCUUGAAGGCGUACAGGGUGGAGGGGGCCGACGAAUCUGUCCCCGGUGGCGCUGCGGCGGAAGGGGAUGACCAAGAGACGGAGCUACCGUUGUUGGUGGAGGGGGGAGAAGUGGUUUGCGAGGACGCUAGGCCAGCGCCACACCGCACGUCACCCCCUAGAAGGUACCGUAGCUUCAUCAAGGAGCUCGAGGCGAAGGGGGUCGGGCGUCCCUCCACCUACGCGAGCAUCAUCGGCACCCUUCGCACGAGGACGUACGUGAACCUGCAGGGGCGGAGCCUGACGCCGAGCCUGACGGGCUUUGUGGUGGCGGAUCUGCUCAGGGAGCACUUCCCUGAUUUCACGGACACCGGCUUCACGGCAAAGAUGGAGGACAAGCUGGACGCCAUAGCGAGGGGCGAGAAGGAGAGGGUGGAGUACCUCAGCGAGUACUACCUGGGGGAGGAUGGUCUGAAGGCCAAGGUGGCCAGCAAGAGGGCCACGGUAGACCCGCUGGAGGCCAAGCGGGCCCGUCUCCCGGGGCUGGAGAGCCUGGACGAUCGCUGCUCCAUCUUGGUGGGGCCGUACGGAGGCUACCUGGUCCCCAAAGCCUCCAGCGGUGCGGUAACCGGUGAUGACGCCAGAGGUAGCGAGGUGGAAGGCGCCGAGGGGCCGAGGGGCGGAGAGGAGGAGGAAGGGGAGAAGAAGUCUUCCGCCGUGACGCUGCCGUAUGUUGCGCAGGACAACCUGGAGCUGCUGACGGUGGACUUGGUGGAGAGGUGCCUGGACUCGACGUACAGGGGAGGGGACCUCUUGGGGCAGCACCCGGACACGGGAGAAGACAUCCGAAUACGCAUGGGCCGCUACGGCCCGUUCCUGGAGUGCGGCGGAAUCCAGGCGGCGGCGUCCGCGCACGUGAGCACCGCUAACAAGAAGGACCCGACGGACCUCAGCCUGCCGUCUCAACCCACCCCGACAGAUCUGCUCCAGCAGAGGGGGGGAGGAGGACAAGAGCUCGGCGCUUCCUCCCCAGACGGGGAGGCCGCUGGAAGAGGUCCUCAUCCUCCCGCCGCCGCCGCCGCUAGCGGCAACGACACCGUAGUCUAUUCGGCCGAAGACGUGAUCGCUUUUGGGCUGGGGGCUAACGCUACCGAGAACGGCGGCGGCGGUGCAGCCGGCAAUGGCGGCGGCGACGGCGGGGUCGGGACGUGGUACUCGGCGGUGUCGCUGGAGAGAGCGGUGGGGCUCCUGUCCCUGCCGAGGGUGGUGUGCGAGUCGCACCCCACUGAGGGGGGAGCGAUCGAGGCCGGCGUGGGGCGGUUCGGGGUGUGGGUCAGGCACAAGGACUCGUACAAGAACGUGCCAGCCGGGAUCGACGUGCUCGACGUGGACGAGGCGCUCGCCGUGCGGCUGACAGACGAGAUGAUCCAGGUGUGA